AUGUUGAAGAUCUGGUCGAUGAAACAGCAGCAGCAGCAGGCUGAGAAUGCCGAAGGCGCUGCAGGCAAGAAAAAGAAGAAGGUCACGGCGGCGCAGCUGCGAGUGCAACGAGACCUGCAAGAACUCACCCUUGGAAACACGAUGAAAAUGUCAUUCCCCAAUCCCGACGAUAUCCUCAACUUCACCCUGACCAUUGAGCCGGAUGAGGGCAUGUACAAAGGUGGCGUGUUCAACUUCAGCUUCUCCGUGAAUCAGAACUUCCCCCACGAUCCGCCCAAGGUCAAGUGUACGCAGAAGAUCUACCAUCCUAAUAUCGAUCUGGAGGGCAACGUCUGCCUCAAUAUUCUGCGCGAGGACUGGAAGCCUGUACUGAAUUUGAACGCCGUCAUUGUAGGCAUGCAGUUCCUGUUUCUCGAGCCGAACGCGUCCGAUCCGCUCAACAAGGAGGCCGCGGAUGAUCUGCGGACCAACCGUGAAGGCUUCAAACGCAAUGUGCGCAACUCCAUGGCCGGCGGGUCCGUCCGAGGUAACACGUUCGAGCGGGUACUACGAUAG